AUGACUCUGUGGUUAUCUCAAUAUCCAGAAUGGAAUCAAAGAAAAUCUAAUACUCGUCGUAUAUUUUUAUCACAAUUGAGCACAGAUUUGACUGUUCCACAAAAUCAACGUCGUAGUCAAGAAUCUCGACUGAUGCCGAAGGUCAAAUUGGCUUUAUUAUCUCUUGGAUAUCAAGUUCCUUCGGGAAUCGUAAAAGAUCUUAAUGUUAAUGCUCAUACAAAUCGAAUAAAACGAAGAUGUUACUUGUGUCCUGCAAAACCUGGACGAAAAAAUUCGACAAAUCUGUGA